UAUUAUACUAUUUUUUAAAUGAAUAAAAAAAAAAUUGCCACGUGGCACACAUUUGGUAGUCAAGUCAGUUUUUUAAAAGAUUAAUGGAUGGAAAAUGUAACGAAUGUAAUAUAUUGAAAUAAAAUAGUAGUUGAGGUAUGAAAGUGAAAUGUUUUGAAGAUGUUGUAUGCGAUUAUAAUAGAUUCCAAACCUGAGGAGGUACAGUGUAAUUUACCUUUAAAUUUAUUAUUGUAGUUCGGAUCGGGUUUUUGUUAGAAAAAUAUAUUAUUGUGUUUUAUAUAAAAAAUGAAUUUGAAAGGAGUAAAGUCACAUUUUCAGUAAAUUUUAUAAUAUUUAAAAAAAAAUAUAUAACUUGCAUGACGUCGUUGCGCGAAUCGCACCAACCAAUUUGUUACGCAAAGACUGUUUGUGUGAUGCACCAACAAAUGCGUCACGCAAAGGUUAUUUGCAUGACGUCGUCAUAAUGUGUACUUGCGUCGCUCAAUUUGUUAAAAUUUUGGUGGUGCAACUGUAAAAAAUAGAUGGUUUUUUUAAAUUUUCCCAAAUUUGGAAAAAAAUUUCCCAGAUAGCAAAAACGCUUUCACAGACGUCUCUCUUCACUGUCUCACACUUGGUCUCUCUCUUCCCUCUCGCUCAUCUCGCCCUCUCUCUCUCACUCCGUCUCUUUUGUUUUCUUUUCCGUAGCCUUCCUCCUCAUCUUCUUUCCAUCCCUCUCGACCGCACCCAGACAGCAGACCGCUUCAUCGUUGAUAACUGCAAGAACAUACCGGGUAUGAAACCACAGCAGUUUCAGCCACAUGGUGCCUCAUGCUGUUGGCUUCAAACCAAGAAUGGCAAGAACAUGUGAGAGCAGAGGCCCUUCAAGUUUGCCAGGGCCACAUUCCAGAUGCCAAAAUGGUUCGCAACAUGAAACAGCUAACAAUGGUGAUUCAUGAAUCAUUGCGCCUAUAUCCCCCGGUUAGUGUGGUGUCAAGGGAGGAUUUCAAGGACAUGAAGUUCGGGGACAUUCAGGUUCCAAAGGUUAUCAAUGUUUGGAUAAUGGUGAUAACAUUGCACACUGAUCCGGAAUUAUGGGGACCAGAUUCGUAUGCAUUCAACCCCAACAGGUUUGCGAAUGGGAUCACAGGCGCUUGCAAGCUUCCACACCUGUACAUGCCAUUCGGAGUUGGUCCUUGAGUGUGUCUCGGACAGAACUUUGCCAUGGUUGAACUCAUAGUAUCCAACUUCCCCUUCUCGCUUUCUCCCAAGUACCGCCAUGCGCCUACUCUUAGAUUGGUCGAAGAGCCAGAACAUGGUGACGAUCUCUUGGUGAAGAAGUUAUGACAAGGAGCAGCUAAAAUUUUGCUGGAAAAUAAGAGGAGUUACUUGGGUUCCCUGCUCUCUAGAGUUUUAGUUUGUUCACUUGUAAGCUUUUUAUUUAUAUCGCUGGUUCCAAUUCGGCUUGUUUAUUUGUACUGCUUCUUGUAGUUUUUACUUUUAUGUUCGAACAUCUUGUGUGUAAAUUUUCAUAUAUUUUAUAAUUAAAUAUUUUUUCUUGGUUUA